AUGAACUUCAUCUUCGAUCAGAGGCUGUAUGCCAAGGCAUUGGUUCUGAUAAUAUUUUUGGUGGGGGCUUAUAAUCAGUCAGCACAGAUGUUCCGCGGAGCAGUAGCGCAGGUGUUACGGCAGUCUGCCAGAUUUCAGUCCAGUGAUGCAGGGAUAUUGGAGAGAUCCCUAAACAAAGUGCAGAUUUUAGGUCGUGUUGGGCAGGACCCAGUAAUGAGGCAGACUGACACCAAGAACGCUGUCACCAUCUUCUCUGUGGCUACUAACGAGAUGUGGCGGACAGGCGAGGGCGAGGUGUUUAAUGCAAGUGGAGACAUCAACCAGAAGACAACAUGGCACAGAAUAUCUGUCUUUCGGCCUGGCCUUCGGGAUGUAGCUUACCAGUACAUCAAGAAAGGGGCUCGGGUGUUCGUAGAAGGCAAGAUCGAUUAUGGAGAGUACACAGACAAGAACAAUGUGCGCAGACAGGCCACCACCAUCAUAGCAGAUAAUAUCAUAUUUCUGAGUGAUACGCGAGAGAGACCAUGAUGUACCCUUGACCCCCUGUCCUUCCUUGUAUGUACAGCCCUGAUCUUAGCAAAGUG